AUGACAAAUAUGUUAAAACAAGAAGGAACGGCUAAUCUAAUUAGACAAGCAAAAUUACUAAUAUGGGACGAAACACCCAUGACCAAGAGACACACAAUUAAAACAGUUGACAGAAGCUUCCGUGAUAUAAUGGACAACAAUCUACCUUUUGGUGGAAAUAUUAUGGUAUUUGGAGGUGACUUCCAACAAGUUCUGCCGGUGGUUCCUAAAUCAACCCGUGCAGAGACAGUGGAUGCAAGUUUGGUAAGGUCUUAUUUGUGGCCUUUAAUGGAAAAGAUUCAUUUAACAACCAAUAUGAGAGCAAGAGGAGAUCCAAAAUUUAGUGACUUCUUGCUUCAGUUUAUGGCUGCCAAUACUGGUCGCAAGAAUAACCCAGCUCUGAACUCCAGUUCUCAAGAGCCGUCUACUGCAAACAUAAUUUAUGACUUUCUAUGGAAGAACCCACCAGUUUUUUCUGGGUCUAAGGUUGAGAAAGAUCCUCAAACCUUCAUUGAUGACAUAUGGAAAAUCUAG